AUGGCCCGCUUCUACCUCUCCACCAUCCUCAGCCUUGCCUCCAUUCUCCUCCUCUCCACCGCCCCAUCAACCUCCAACGCUAUCCUCGUCGCCUCUAACCAAUUUGAGACCUCAGAUGCCCACCUCACCGCUCAAGACCACCGCCGCAUAGCCGCAGGUCACCAGGCCGACUCCCCCUUCGGCAGCGGCUGCGUAGGUACGAGCGACCUCUGCGGGCUCGCACACUCACGCGCAGACGAGACAGAGCGUGAUACCCUUCAUCGGGAUCACCAUCCCACCAUCUACGUCUCCCAGGCGGACAUCGACUGGCAGCGAGCUCUGGAUGAGGCCACGCCUAGCAAGCGGCUACAGAUGUACUACGAGCGCUUGGGCGGCAAGGACUACGACAAGAAGAGGGAACUCAGCCAGGAUGAGCUGCAGAUGUUGCUCGAGGAGACGGAGCGCGAUGGCGAGCAUGCCAGGGCUGAUAAGCUGCAUGCUAACCAGCAGGCUAGGGAGCAGAUGGCCGAGUUGAGACGGUUCAGGAAUCGCUUCAGGCAAUUGUCUGGUCACCACCACUCGGCGAGCAGCCAUCAUGCCAAGGCCACCAAGGCUUCGUCAUUCUCAUCAAGCGCUGGACACGCCAAGCAUGGCAUCAAGGCGUCAUCUAAGCCAUCAGGGCACGGCCAUGGCCAUGGUCACAGCCACGCUCACGGUCACGGCAAGUCGUCUCACUCUCCUGGUCACCGCCACCAUGCCAGCGCUCUCUCUGGCAAGCAUGGCGCGCGCAUGAUGAGGAGGCGUGCCCUACUCCACGAUGACGUCGAGCCCCGUGACGACGACGGUGCCGACUACGACGAUGACGUUGAGGAGCAGGAAGUGUCUGAGGACGACGCCUUUCACCAGCACCUUCGCCAACGCUUCUCACGACCAUGGUCCGCAGCGUGA